UGAUUUUUUCCUGCCGAAUCGGGCGAUGGGCUGCCCCGGUAGAGAGUCUUCAUAACUGUCCCUGUCCCGGUCUCGUUUUUACCUACAGACGCUGCUAGCUCCGGUCAGACAUGGAGAAAGUUGUCCUUGUAACCGGCGCGAACAGCGGCAUUGGCCUGGCCCUGUGUGAAAGGCUGCUGACUGAGGAUAGCCAGCUUCUUCUGUGUCUAGCCUGCAGAAACAUGAAGCGGGCCAAGGAUGCCCGCUCUGCCCUCCUGACCUCUCACAUCAAUGCACAUAUUGACUUACUGCACCUCGAUGUGGGCUGUGUGCAGUCAGUGCUCGCUGCUGCUCAGGAGCUCAAGGCCAGGUACAACAGAAUUGACUUUCUGUAUUUAAAUGCAGGAAUUAUGCCCAACCCACAAGUGGAUGUCAAAGCUUUGUUCAAGGGUCUGUUCUCAAGGAAUGUCAUCAACAUGUUUGCGACAGCAGAGGGUCUCUUGACUCAACAAGACCGCCUCAACUCAGACGGCUUGCAGGAAGUUUUUGCCACCAACCUCUUCGGUCAUUUUCUCCUGAUCAGGGAGCUGGAGCCCCUGCUGUGUCCGGGAUGUCAAACGUCCAGGAUAGUGUGGACAUCCUCGAGUAACGCCCGCCGCUCUGCCUUCAGCAUCGAGGACAUUCAGCACAGAAAUGGGAUGGAACCCUACAGCUCCUCCAAGUAUGCAUCAGACAUGCUCAGCCUGGCACUCAACAGACACAAGAACAGCCAGGGGCUGUUUUCCUCUGUAAUAUGUCCAGGACUGGUGAUGACUAAUCUGACCUAUGGCAUCCUCCCCUCCUUCUUCUGGACCCUCAUCCUGCCCAUCAUGUGGCUGAUUAGGAUCUUUACCAACACAUUUACGCUCACACCAUACAACGGAGCAGAGGCGCUGCACUGGUUAUUUGUUCAAAACCCUGAGUCUCUGGAUCCAAGAGCAAAGUAUCACAGUUUAACAUCAGGACUUGGAAAAAACUACACUCAGCCUCGACAGAUGGACAUCGAUGAACAGAUGUCUGAGAUCCUCUAUUCAAAGCUUCUCGAACUUGAGAAAGUAGUGAGAAGGAAACAGAGUGAGGGGAAUGCAGACAAGUAAGCUAAUGGACAAUACCUCAGUAAGAUACAGUAGAAGUGACUCUUUUGUAAUGGAUGGUUUUGCUGUUGCAAAUGUGUGCGAAUUGUGAUGAAGAACAAUAAAGGUGCUCUUAUUCUUUUCUUGCCAGUUGUA